GUCACUUAUGAGAUUUACUCAGUUUUACGUUAUUUCAACACUAUACAUUCUCAUUUCUGCUCGUUUUGUUUCACUGUUGACAAUAAAUUCGACAAUUACUUCAUGAUUUUGAGCCGUAGAUUUAUUUUUUUUGAAAAUUUCGGUGCCCAUGUAGCUUAAUAGUACUUUUAGCUGUGUAGAUGAUGUUGUAUUCUCGCGUUUAAGUGAAGUGAAGUGAUCGUGAAGUGAACGACGUUGGCGCAAAAUGGAUAUAUCUGCAGAUGUAUGGGGACAGAUUGCACUAGAAGCGUCGCAGGUGUAUAUCGAUGAUGGUGGAGUGGCACGAAGUCCAUUUGCGAAUACGACCAUAGAGAAGCUGCCAGAUAAAGUAUUACUCCACAUAUUUUCGUAUCUCAGUCAUCGAGAAAUUUGCCGCAUCGCCAGAGUGUGUAAGAAAUGGCGGCUGAUAGCGUACGACACAAGAUUAUGGAAAUGUGUAUCAUUAAGGCCGGAAAUCUCCGGAUUGCAUGUUGGUUCCUUGGAAUCAUUAUUAGCUUUAAUCAGUAUUCGAUUUGGUCCAUCACUGACGUACAUUGAGCUACCAAUUGAACUAAUCACCCACACUGUGCUCCAUGAAUUGGCCAACAAAUGUCCAAAUUUAACUCACAUGUUGUUAGAUUUUUCAACAGCUAUGCAGCUGCACGAUUUUAAUGAAAUGCAGGCGUUUCCGACUAAAUUAAAGUACUUGUGUAUUUGUUUAUCCGAAGUCAUAUUUAUGGAGGGAUUUAUGAGAAAAAUUUAUAAUUUUAUUAACGGACUCGAAAUAUUACAUUUGAUAGGAACUUACGAAAAAGUCGAAGAAGAAGAAGAAGAAAUUUACGAAGUAAUCAACGUCCAUAAAUUGAAAUCAGCCACCCCCAACUUAAGGGUUAUUAAUUUAUUCGGUAUUAAUUUCAUCGACGACAGUCACAUCGACGCAUUUAGUUCAAACUGUAUCCAAUUAGAAUGCCUGGCUGUGAAUUUCUGCUCAAAAGUUACCGGUUCGACAUUAAAAACUCUGUUUCAAAGAAGCAAACGAUUAAAAUGUUUACUAAUGAACCAAACAAGUUUAAUGAGCGAAUACGUAAUGCAAGUAGAAUGGGAAAAAUCAUCUAUACAAGAAUUAGAUAUCACUGCAACAGAUCUAUCUACCGAAUGUCUCAUCGAUAUGUUAACGAGAAUACCCAGUUUGAAAUUUUUGAGCGCCGGACAAAUUAAUGGAUUUAAUGAUUCGGUUUUAAAAGCAUUUGCCGAAAUGGGAAAUCCGAGGAGUUUAAUAGCGUUGGAUUUACACAGUUCGGAUAAUCUCACCGAUGAAGGCUUACAUAAGUUUUUGUCUCGAUAUGGACACCAGUUGCUGGGAUUGUCUUUGUCUGGUAUGCCUCACAUAACCGAUCAACUAUGGCAAUCUGUACUUCCAGUAUUAAAUAAUGUCAAAAUCAUAAUAAUGGGAACACAAGAGAGAUUAGGAGUAAAUAUUCACGUAGACCAGUUAAUGGACUGCAUAGCAAACAGUUGUCCAAAUUUGGAACGAAUUGAACUGCAAUGGGAUCCAGAAAACUUACGAUUUUCUGACAAAAGCCAAAAAGCCAUCGAUGUACUUCGAGUAAAAUGUUUAAAACUUCGUUGCUUAAUACUAAGCGAUGGUCGUUAUUACGAAAUAGUCAAAGCGAAUUUCGAGAGAGCUGAUAGAUUAACCGUUGUUCGAACCACGACCUGUUGCCGCUGUUCGAAUUAUUAUCUUUUAUCCAACUAUCCAGAUCUUAUUUUUAAUUAAUAUUUUUUACAUUGUAAUCACGAUCGUUACAAUAAAAUGCAACUUUUAGCUUCAUCA